UCCCCAUUGUUCAGGGAACCCCCAGGCUACCCUCUCGCCCGACACCAUGGUGCACUGGACAGCCGAAGAGAAGGCGCUCAUCACUGGCCUCUGGGGCAAGGUCAAUGUGGCCGAUUGCGGUGCCGAGGCUCUGGCCAGGCUGCUGAUCGUCUACCCCUGGACCCAGAGGUUCUUCUCUUCCUUUGGGAACCUCUCCAGCCCCACUGCCAUCCUCGGCAACCCCAUGGUCCGUGCCCACGGCAAGAAAGUGCUCACCUCCUUCGGGGAAGCCGUGAAAAACCUGGACAACAUCAAGAAAUGUUUUGCUCAACUGAGCAAACUCCACUGUGACAAGCUGCAUGUGGACCCCGAGAACUUCAGGCUCCUGGGUGACAUCCUCAUCAUCGUCCUGGCUGCCCACUUCAGCAAGGACUUCACCCCCGCCUGCCAGGCUGCCUGGCAGAAGAUGGUCCGUGUGGUGGCCCACGCGCUGGCCCACGAGUACCACUGAGCCUCCCGCAAGCAUCGGUGCCCGGAGAUGCUCCCGGGGGAACACCCUCUGGUUCUGCUGGUCUCUAAUUGCCAAAUAAACACCCACUGCUUCAGCC